AUGAAACGCCGUUUGGCGUUUUUGAUUUUCUUUCUAGUUGCUUGGCAGCUAGCUAGCUCUCAGGCCGUAGUAGACCAUGGCCUGAACGGAGACAUUAACCCUGUCCUACCACACGAGGGCACUGUCUUUGAGAGCAAUCCUAUAGACAACGAGAAUGCCAAUGUCAAGUUUCAUGUAGAGGAUAUUCCAGAUAAAAAUCCCUUAUAUGCAGGAGACCUAACCCAAUUGCCAAAGCCCGUAGAAGAAAAUAUUGCACAGACAAGUACCCAGUACGCCCAAUCAAUUACUAAUGGGCAAACAUUGAGCCCCAAAGAAACUUCUACAAGGGUCCCAUUGCCAAAGACGCCCCAACAACAUUUGCCUACAGAAGCACUCACUCGCGUUGCGCAGUCUGUACAUAACAUCCAACCAGUGGAUAAUGUUCAGAUAAAUAGCAACCAAGGAGCUUCUACAGGGGCGAAAACAGUAGCAGAACAUCUACAAAUGUCUGCCAAGAAUAUAGAGACGCCACUUGUUGUUCAAAAUACUCAUCACAUCCCGCUAGGGGAUAAUGUCUAUGAUGGCAACAGGAAAGGAACGUCGACUUCAAUUCCCACUCCUGUCCAAGGAAUAACACCACCGCCCAUUUUUAUGCUUGACUCUGGUCUACUUAAGAGUUUUACGAAACCAAGCAAGGACAUCCAAUCGACGACAAAGACGAUGCAAGGUGACUUUGCCACUAAAGUGUCUCCUGAUCAAGCUUCGUCAAAUGCAGAACAAAAAACAGAUAGUGAAAGGAACAACCCAGUCAUGACCCAGUAUUCGGUUAAAGAUUUUACGCACCCCAUUCUAAAGCUCGCAGAAGGUAAUAAUGCAUUUGCCAUUGUCUACAAUGGUGUGGUGUGGUGUGGUGUGGUGUGGUGUGGUGUGGUGUCAGGUAAUAUAAGGUUAUAUAUCAUAAUACUCGAUAACGGUAUUUUUUAUCCUUUGUAA